CAUAGAAGGGAAAAAAAAUCCCUUUUUUUCUUUUAAAAUUUUAUUUUUAUUUGUUUUUUGCUCUCUCCAUGGCAAACCUUUUCCAUUCCAAUGCCAAAGCCCUUUCCACUUUGACCUUUUUGUCUCUUCUUUCUUUGCAACUGGCAAAUUUGCAGAUAGCAGGUGCUGAAAUUGGGGUAUGCUACGGACAACUCGGGAACGACUUACCAUCUCCCCAAGAAGUUAUCGAACUUUACAAACAAAACAACAUCCAAAGAAUGCGACUUUACGCUCCAAACCAACCUACUUUCGAUGCCCUUCGAGGCUCCAACAUUGAGCUCAUGCUCGGCAUCCCCAACGAUCAAAUUCGAUCUAUGGCUGCCACCCAAGACAACGCUAAUGCAUGGGUUCAAGAGAACAUCCUCAACUUUCCCGACGUAAAAUUCAAGUACAUUGUUGUCGGAAACGAAAUAAAAACCAACGAAGAAGCUGCUACAUUCCUCGUACCCGCCAUGCAAAAUAUCCAAAACGCAAUUUCAGCUGUUGGUUUACAAGGCCAAAUCAAAGUCUCCACCGCAUUCGACACUGGAAUUCUUUCCCAGUCCUUCCCUCCUUCACAAGGCUCCUUCGACACCAACUAUCUUCCAAUUCUCAACCCGACCUUCCGCUUCCUUCUCGACAAUAGCUCGCCGUUGCUUGUCAACUUGUACCCAUACUUUAGUUAUGUCACCACUCCAAGAAUGGGACUUGAUUAUGCCAUUUUUACUGGGACAUCGUUAAUUGGAGAUGGGGAGCUUAAUUACCAGAACUUGUUUGAUGCUAUUUUGGAUGCUGUUUACUCUGCUUUGGAGAAGAGUGGUGGAGGAUCAUUGGAGAUUGUUGUGUCGGAAACUGGUUGGCCGACGGACCAUGGGGACGCCGCAACGGUAGACAAUGCAAGGACUUACAAUAACAAUCUAAUUCAACAUGUGAAUCAAGGGACUCCUAAGAGACGAGGAAGGGCUAUUGAAACUUAUUUGUUUGCUAUGUUUGAUGAGAAUGAGAAGACAACUCCUCCUGAGGUUGAGAGACAUUGGGGUUUAUUCUCUCCAAAUAAGCAGCCUAAGUACUCAGUCAACUUCAACUAAUUGGGAUCAUAAUAUUAUGUUUAAAUUACUAAAACUUACUUUACAUUUUGAAUAAUGUUGCAAUUAUUAUUUAUAUCAGCUAAGUUUUUUUUAGAAAAAAAAGAUGUUUAAUGCAUAAUAUAGCCUUGUAUGCCAUCAAUAGAUAAAUAAUAAGUUUCAAUGAUAAUUAAUCUUAA